AUGCUCAGCCCGCGCGCGGUGUUCCAAGGAGUUGAAGCGGGUCUCGCCGAGCAGUGGAAGUGUAAGGCGGUGCGUCCCGAGACGAACUGGCUCAGCUCGGCCCCCACGCGAUGCCCAACGUCAGAGCUGCUCGCCUUCAGCGACGACCAGGGCGCCGACGCGCACAAGGAGAGCUGGGGCGCCACCGCGCUGCCGAGGGACGGCGAUGAACCAGCGUUCCUCGAGACGGCGCUGCUCGAGGCGGUGUCCUCCGGGGACGGGCAGCCCAAGAUGGGGUCUGCGGUGCCAGCGCCGGCGGUGGCCCCGCUCAGGCGACUCCGGUCCGAGGCCUUCUGGGAGCAGAAGGCGGCUGCCUCCCGGCGGCCGCCGUGCUCGCCCUGGGAGGUGGGCGUGAGGCAGCGGCGCCCGUGCCUCGCCGAGCGCGACGGCCUCGGAUCCGCGGCGGUCGCGGCGCCAGCAGCACAGGGCGCCGAGGGCGAAGGCGCCGCUGGCAGCCCCAGGGCCAGGAGCUGGGCGGGCGCCGUCUCCAGGGAGCUGCGCCGCGGGGCCCGCGGGCCAGUGGCGCCGCCUGCCCCGCCGCCAGGGUCGCCCUCAGCAGCGCUCGGGGCUGCUCUGAGGUCGCGUGGCCGGUCGUACCACCCGGUCGGGAGCCGCCGGGAGCCGCGACAGGGGUGA